AUGUCGCGACAGGUCCCGACAGCGCUCGCGCUGCUGCUGCUGCUCCUUAAAUUUGGGAUAAAUUUGGGUGAAUUUCGGGUGAACUUCAGCCCCGGGGGUCUCCGUGCCCCCCUCUCCUCCUGGCGGGCGGUGCUGGGGCGGCUGCGGCUGCACGGAGUGACCGGAAACCGGAGUGACCACGGGAGUGACCACGGGAGUGACCACGGGAGUGACCACCUGAAUGACCCAUCUGGAAACUGGAGUGACCACUGGAGUGACCACGGGAGUGACCACACGAGUGACCACUGGAGUGACCACGGAAGUGACCUGGCCAGAAACACCACUGACCACCUGAGUGACCACUGGAGUGACCUGGCUGGAAACUGGAGUGACCAUGAGAGUGACCACUGGAGUGACCACCCAAAUGACCACUGGAGAGACCACGGGAGUGACCACGGGAGUGACCACGGGAGUGACCCCAAGGAUGACCCCAAGGAUGACCCCAAGGAUGACCCCAGGAGUGACCACUUGAGUGACCACUUGAGUGACCACAGGAGUGACCCCAGUGAUGACCCCAAGAGUGACCACUCAAGUGACCACUCAAAUUACCACCGGAGUGACCACAGGAGCGACCACAGGAGUGACCACUCGAGUGACCCCAGUGAUGACCACCGGAGUGACCACUCAAGUGACCACUCAAGUGACCACGGGAGUGACCCCAGGAGUGACCACCGGAGUGACCACAGGAGCAACCACAGGAGUGACCGCAGUGAUGACCACAGGAGUGACCACUCGAGUGACCACGGGAGUGACCAUGGGAGUGACCACAGGAGCAGCCCCAGGAGUGACCACAGGAGUGACCACCCAAAUGACCACCGGAGUGACCCCAGGAGUGACCACAGGAGUGACCGCAGUGAUGGCCCCAGGAGUGACCACUCAAGUGACCACUCAAGUGACCACUCGAGUGACCACUCGAGUGACCCCGAGCAGGGUCAGGAGCUGUCCGUGGCCGAAGUCGUUGUCCACCCGCGGUUCCGCGGUGUCCGGAGGGGUCACGACCUGGCCUUGGUCCGGCUCCGGCCUCCGGCCACGCUCGGACCUCGGGUGGGCACCGUCUGCCUGCCCCUCCCCCACCACGCCCCGCCCUUCGGCCGCGGCUGCUGGAUGGCCGGCUGGGGUCACCUGGGGGAGGACGAGCCGCUUCCCCGGGGCUGGCCCCUGCAGGAGCUGCGGCUGCCGCUGCUCUCCCCCCACACCUGUAACUGCCUCCACCAUCACCUGCGGCAGCGACACCUGGCCCGGCCCGCCCGGCCCGGCAUGGUCUGCGCCGGGGGGGCGGGCGGGGGGCGCGGGGCCUGCCAG